AUGGAGAAGAAGGGGUUGUAUAGUAUAGCCGCUAUUGGACCUGAUAUGCUUAUCAGUGGAUUUCUUCAGCCUGUUCCGGACCUGACACCUGUUAUUCCAUCAGUAGAUGAAACUUCUGCAAUUGACCCAACCAUUUGUCCAUAUGAAUCAAGCAUCAUAUUCUUUUAUAAAACAUGGGAUCCUUAUGGAGCUUUUUCAAACUUCUCUCCUCAUCCAAUUCAAAUGCUUGAUGAAAAUGGUGAUUACUUCACGUGGUUAAGUGUGGAGCACUAUUAUCAGGCACACAAGUUUGUUGGGGUGAAUGAUGCUGUAGCAAUAAAUUGUGUUGAAGACAUAAAAUCUUCAAAAAGUCCCGAGGAAGCAUCACGAAUUGGAAGGAAAAUGCAGAGGCAGCGCCCUGAUCUGGUAACACCUGAUUGGGAAUCUAUCAAGACUGAUGUUAUGUACCGGGCGUUGAAAUGCAAAUUCUCGAUAUAUCCUCACUUAAAUUCUAUGCUUCUCUCGACCACGGGGUGUGUCCUUGUAGAAGCUUCACCCCAUGAUCUCUUUUGGGGAGGAGGCCGAGACGGAGAAGGCCUAAAUUAUCUUGGUAGGCUACUAAUGCAGUUGCGAUCAGAGUUUCUGGGUGACUCUCAAACACAGAAUGGGAUCUCUGUAACUCAUCAACAACGGGAAGAUGAAGUGAAGAGACCAUGA